AUGUCCGACUCAAAUUAUUCCUUCGUUGUUAUUGAUCCGGAGUCUCUCAGUAAAGAUGGAAAUGAUUGGACUGAUACACAAAAAAAAAGCUGUUAUGAAGCUUUUGAAAUAUUAAACCAAAAUGGUUACUCACCUAAGUGGAUGAAAGAGAGUACUGCUUUACUGGAGCAACGACGACGUCGUUGUUACUUUGUUUUUGGUAAAUUUCAAGGAACUUGUUUUGAUCAUUUGGCUGCUCUUAAAAUUCCAAUAUAUGGUACACCUGUAAUUAUUGCUUUCAAAGAUGCUAAGUCCUCUAAAAAUGUUUUACCUUAUCCAUGUACACCUUUGUAUUCAGUUCAUUUUUUGAAAACAUCCAUAACAUUUACGGGUUUAAGUUUUGAGGAAAAUGAGACAUAUACAAAAAUAUUUAAAUAUAUGGGUGGUAAUCCUUCAAAUGAUUUAUUGGAAUCAACAAAUAUAUUAGUAUGUAAUAACUGUGAUAGAAGUUCUUCUAAAUAUGUAGAAAUGGCUCGGAUGAAAAGAUUUAUUUGUCAACCAAAAUUAAUUAUAGAAACUUAUGAGAAAGCUAUGAAUAUGGAAUUGUUUAAUGCCGGUGAUGAUGAAUAUCUUCAUAAAUAUACUGUGCCAUUAUUUAAUGGAAUGGUAUUUUGUGUUUCCGGUGUAAGACCUUCUAUAAGACAUGAUAUACAAAAUAUUGUGGAGAAGAAUGGGGGGAAAUAUACGGGACAUAUGCAAAACGGUGAAACUACACAUCUUCUUUGUGAAGAAGCUUCUGGAACAAAGUAUAAAAAAGCCUUAGAAUGGAAUAUAAUAAUUACAAAGUUGACAUGGUUAGCAGAUUCUGUAGAUUGUGGUUAUCUUCUUCCAUAUGAAAAGUAUUCGUUAAUAAAUAAAGUAAGAACAUGUAGUACACCUAACACUUCAACUGUACCAAAUAUUACAUUUGGUGAUGGAAAUAUGUCCUCAAUUAAAAAUGAUGCUGCAAAAAUUAAUAUAGAAAAACUUGACAAGAGACUUACUAUUUUUAAGGACAAAGAUAUACAAAAAUUUCAUAAUAAAUCUAUUAGACGGAAAUCAUCGACAAUUCAAGGAAAUACGACGGAAACUUGUGUCGAAGACCCUUUAAAUGAAAGAACAAUUGAUGAUAUUAUUGAUAAAUAUAUUAACGAGGAAACAUCACGUCAAGCUGCUGGACUAUCUUUUGACAAAAGGCGAUCAAAUGAAGGUGGUAAAUCACAAUUUUUUCAAGGAAAAACAUUCCGUAGCCUUGAUAAUCAAAAUGAUAAUUUUAUAAGUAAAGUUAAAAAAACAGGUGGUACUUAUAUAGAUGAUACCACAACAGUUGUUGAUUACGUUUAUUUCACCGUGAAUAUUGAUUCAAUGAAAAGUUUUUUAAGUUCAUGCUGUAAAAAUAAAGUUAGUGAUAUAUGGUUGAUAUCUUGUUUGGAAAAAAAAACUAUUUUGGAUCCAUCAACGAGUCCAUUUUACGUACCUCUUUAUAUUGACAUAAAUAAAUGUAAUGAGUUAUUAAAAAAUUAUAUUAUAUAUAUAUUUGGAUUUAAUAAAUUUGAAACUGAAGCUAUAUAUGAAUGUAUUAUAGCUGCCGGUGGAAAACUUGUUAGUGAUUCUGAGUUAAAUAGUGUUUUUGUAACACAUAUUAUUACAUGUAAACCUGUUAAUAAAUUAAUGGAAAACACUGCAUUUUCUAAAUCAAAAGUUGUUAAUUAUAUUUGGUUAACAGAAUCAAUUUCAAAAUGCACUGUACAAAAGGCAGAGGAUUUUACAUUUUAUGAAAACCAGAAUAUCAAAAGGAAAGAUGUUUGUUGGUUGACUUGGCAUCAAAAUGAUGAAGGAUCCAAAGAAAACGAUGAUUACAGUGAUAUGUUUGAAAUAUUUCAAGGUCGUAUGUCAAUAAUUAAUAAAACAACCUCUUUAGAAACACCUUUAAGAAAAAUGUCUUCUCUAGAAUUAAAUAAUUCCAUUUCUAGAUUAGCACAGGUUGAAACUACACCUAAAUUACCUAAAAGUAAUGGUAUAGUUUCAAAUACCGAAAAUGAAGAUUCUUUUUGUAGAUCUUCUAAAAUUUCAACACCAUCAGCUUUGUUGAGGGGAGAAAAAACUAUUUGGAAAUGGAAUACUGAAAAUUCAAACACUACAAAAACAGAAAAAGAAACAGAAUUGACGGAGUCUUUUGUUACCAGUGUUAUUGAUCAGCAUCUAUUAACUAUGGAGAAUGAUUUUUUGAAUGAUUGUACAACGACUAAUGAGCCUACAGAUUUCUCAAGUUUAGUUAAAGAAUUAGGAAAUCCAAAUAAUUGUACUACACCUAAAGGUACCUCACCAGUAGCUAAAAAAAGGAAAUUGUCAGUAAUUUCUAAAACUGCUCACAACUCUAAUUUAACAAGAUUAUCAUCUCGUAGGAAGGCAGAAAAAGGAACUCUUUUAAAAUCUCCCUUCAAAGUUGGAGCAAUACAACCAGAAGAGGAUAAUUCAGAAAGUCAUUUGGUUGAUCCAAUUAAUGUUGAAUUUGCUUGGAAAGACUGUACACAAAGAUGCCCAAGUAGAACUCAGAUGGAUAAUGUUAAAGAAUCAUUUGGAAGAAUAGUUGAAAAUGAUGCAGAAUUUAAUGAUGAUAGUAGUACUAUUUUCUUCCCAUCGUUAGAAGAUUUAUAA